AUGUAUAGCAAACACCGGAGCAAGGUCAAGGAUGCAACCAAUCAAAGCUCGUACAUUGCAAUCCGAGAUCCACUCUUAAACCUCACCCUGACUCCUGAGGCAGCACUGCAAAGAGUCGUCGUCAGCUCUUCCACGCAUGGCUGCAAGGGCUUCAAACCGAGCCAAUCAGCAUCUCAUAUACCAGGCCGUCAAGGCUGCACCGCGCAGGCCUCCCGACUCGCUGCGAGUGACUUGGGCUUUUGGUGCCGGUGGCUGCAAGAAGCAAGUACCUUCGUACCCGGGUAUCCUAACUAUCAAUUCAAUAUAGGACGGAUACAAGUCCACGAGCGGUGCGAACAUUGGGAUAAGGAGGACUCGUUCGACUCCCUCGACAUCUUCCUCGCGUACGACGAGAUGGCCGACCCGAAUGGCAUCGGGUCACCGCAGAACGGCGGGGACUAUGACGAGCGAUGGGCGAAAGAUCUACGGGUGCAAUUCGAGGGUUUAUUACGCACGAAACGACUGAACGAACUCGAUCAAUCGCGAACCUCAUCUCCGUCACCUCGAGAACGAGCGUCGUCAAACAAUCUUCGAGCUUCACCUCAAGCAUCUUCUUCUCUCAAACCACCACCAUCACCAGGCUACCGGCCAUCAUCGUCCAGUGGCCAAGGGCAUGCGUCCGCCACAACACCUCCUUCAUAUGCGUCGUUACGAACAUUACCAAAGGUCCCUUCACCUCCAGCCGAUGCGCAAUCGCAAAAGUUCCGCAACUUGAUGAUCUCUCUAGCACUAACACCCACGAAAUACGAAAACCCAGGAUUAUUAGACGAAGCGUUACAGGUCAUUCCAUUGGAUAGAAUAUAUGGCGAGGCUGAAGAGGAAAGCCAAGUGCUCCAAGCACAGGCAGAGAGUAUGGGAGAUGGCAGACGACCCGAAUGGGGGUAUCAAGACUGUGUUAUCCGCGCAUUACUAAGAUGGUUCAAGCGAUCGUUCUUCUCAUGGGUCAACAACCCCCCAUGCUCGGUCUGUCUAUCACCAACAAUUGCGCAAGGAAUGACACCUCCAACGGACGACGAGAGAGCAUAUGGUGCGCUUCGAGUCGAAUUAUAUAGAUGUUCUGCUGGUGAUUGUGGAUCUUAUGAAAGAUUUCCACGCUACGGCGAUGUGUGGCGACUUCUACAAACACGAAAGGGACGAUGUGGAGAAUGGGCCAAUGUCUUCAGCAUGCUGUGUCGAGCAGUUGGUGGUCGUGUAAGAUGGGUAUGGAAUGCUGAAGAUCAUGUUUGGACGGAGGUUUACUCGGAGAUGCAAAAACGAUGGAUUCAUGUCGACGCUUGCGAAGAGGCAUGGGACAACCCCCGACUAUAUUCUGAUGGAUGGGGAAAGAAAAUGUCCUAUUGCAUUGCAUUCUCCAUCGAUGGUGCGACAGAUGUCACCCGACGCUACGUUCGCAAGAGCUCGCAAGCUCUCGAACGCAACAGGUGUCCAGAAGAGGUGAUGCUCUACAUCACCAACGAGAUCCGCAGCCUUCGACGAUCGAACAUGGCAAAGGAUCAACGCUUCCAGUUGGAAAAAGAGGACUCGAGAGAAGACGAAGAAUUGAGAGGCUACUUUGUUUCAUCAAUUACUCGAUCCGUCGUAUCCAACCUCGGAGAACCAUCAAUGACCUCAAACGCUCACCGUCCUCGAACAUCGGAAGACCAGAAGCUGCCUAUUGAGCAGCCUGCCGGUAGACAGAGUGGCGCUCAGGAGUGGGUCAAUGCGAGAGGAGAGGGUCAACGUCGCCAACAACACUCAAGAGAUCCCUCGCAACGCGGACACUGA